UGACUGCAUGCUCUUCAAUGUGGAGGAUGGCAAGUGGCCACCCUUCCCCAAGAUGUAGAUGUGUAUAUUAUGAUCCAUUGUCGGGCUGCUCCUGGAAUCUGAUGGCUCCUUUUCUUUACCCCCUCUUGCUCCAGUCUCGCACUGCAGGCCUCGCCGUUCUCCCCUGCCGGAAUCACAAGAUGUUUACCUCACACGGGCCGCUGGCAAAAUGCCUCUUAGGCAGCGCUUUUGUGUUGCUGACAAUCAGCUCUCCGGUUGAACUAGGGAGAAGGGACCCUGCCAUCGCCGCAACUACAGAUACACUCCACCUCCAGCGCCAUGUGCGUCAUGGUGCACACGCAACGUCUCGGAUCGGCUUCAAGAGUCUCGAGGGUAUUGUAGACUACAAGUCACAGGACCGCAAGCCUGUCGUGGCAGAUCUGAACGGUAAUACCGACUUUGUCACGGCAGCAAAGUUGUCGGCUAGACAGGACGGAAGCGAGCCUGUUGCCGAGGGUGUUGGUCCCGCUAUAAACGCAUACAGCCAGGUUGAAUACAUCACUCCUGUGUCUUCCAAUGGUGAUACCUACAGCCUGAUUAUUGACACUGGAAGUAGUGACACUUGGUUCGUGCGUGAAGGCUUCCAGUGUCUCGACUAUCGGCAACAGCCAGCGCCAUACGAGGCAUGCCAAUUCGGCCCUGCCUGGCAGGGAGACUUCCCUGGCGGCAAGGUACCAAAUAAGCAGUUCCAAAUCCACAUCACUGUCGCCAACAUCACCGUGGAAACACAGGAGAUCGCCCACGCGACUUAUGGCAUGUGGUUUGGUGACGGCCUCACGAGCGGCAUCCUGGGUCUCGGGCUUCGGGGACUCACCGGGCUGUCUUCUGAAGAAACUUAUGACCCCGUGGCCAUCUCCAUCAGCAAGCAGACUAGAGAGCCGAUCUUCAGUCUCGCACUGCAUCGGGACGAGUCCGAUUCCUUCAUAGCCUUUGGAGGAGUUCCACCGCAGGUCAAAACCAUUGGGCCUUGGGCGACGACCCCAAUCGAGAAGCUUCAGCGUUCUGGCGGGGGAGAACCAGACUAUUACUUCUACACUGUUGGAGUGGACCAGAUCCUGAUGAACAACACUCGACAGAGCCUCCGUGCAGAUAACCUGCCGGGGUUCAUCGUUGAUAGUGGGACUACGUUGAACUAUUUCCCCUUUGAAAUUGCCGCCGCCGUCAACGACCUAUUUGUCCCUCCUGCCAUACUCGACAGUAGUCAGGGCGCCUGGUUUGUGCCUUGCACCGGAACCACAGCGCCUUCGCUCGGCAUCACGCUGGGCGGAACGACGCUCUGGACUGACCCCAGCAGCAUGAUUCUGUCCGAGGUCAAGAAUGCACAGGGCCUGUGUGCCACUGGAAUCUCGGCGACGGAUGCUUUCCCGUACAUUCUGGGAGACACCUUCAUGCAAAAUAUCGUCACCGUGUUUGACUUGGGCGUCAAGAUGGAGAUCAGGUACGCGCAAAGAGACUUUUCUUGACUGAUGUAGUUAUGCCUCGACUGUGGCGCAUCCCGGCGGUUAUAAGCACAGCUAUCUAGAUGGGGAUCGCUUGAUCGAAACUGGCCC